AUGGAAAAGAUCUACAGAGUAUACCCAACAAAAAUUGAUUUCCUAUUGGGUACAGAAUUAUUCUUAUGGAUUAAUUCUAUUUCAACAUGCUUCCUACAACUUUGGGUUUGCAAACAUAAACGUAUUCAACGAUGUUUAACCAUACUUAUCAUACAGUUGAUAUCAAAUUGUUUGACAACAUUAUUAGUGGUUACGGUACAAGCAGGAAUUGUUCAAACUAUUAUCGCAAUUAUGACACGUCAUGGUAAAGCAUUGCAACAUGCCAAUGCACGAAUAUUUUAUAUUGUGACCGAUCACAUAUUGCAAAUUUUCCAAUGGGGGUUGAAUAUUUGUUCACUUGGAGCAGCAUUAACUGUAUUAGAUAGAAUGGAAACAGAAAAUGGCGAUUUUGUCGAAGGAACGGAUAAUCCGACAUUUGUGCAUGAACUUCAAGCUCCAAGCAUGCGUGAACUUUUGACAAUCGAACGUUGUUCCGCAAGUUUUCAUGUUGAUUGUAGCUGUAAUAUCUUCAGGAGAUCAGCUGAUAUCAAUUAUAUGUGGGGUGAAAGACAAGUAUCGUUUGAUGAAGAUACCUCUGAAGUUGAUUGCAAUAUCAGUACAGGUGACAGUAAUGAUAGAAUUAUUCGACAAGGUAGAAAUACAGAUGAACGUGAUGAUAACAAUAUUAGGAGGGAUGAUAAUUCUGCGAAUGAAAGGAAUGCACCAGAUAAUGGCUCUCGAAUUUCUUACAAUAGUGAGAUGGAGUAUGAGGAUAAUAACGAGAUUGUUUGUGCUAGUGAUAGGGAUAGUGAUCGUGAUAACGGUCGUGAUAAUGAUAUGGAUGAUGGUAAUGUUAAUGGCUCAAAUGAUAUUUCCAUGGAUGAUGAUCAAAUGGAUUUUAUCUAA